UAACGCAAUUAGGUUUUCGUUUUCCUUUCGUCCGUUCGUUUCCUUCUCCAAUUUUGUUCAUCUCCUCUCUUCAGCAGCCGAAACCCCUUUGACAGAGGCUCUGUCUGCGCCAAACCUCCCUCAGCCAUCAUCUCUCUCAACCAAACCUCUCUCUCUCUCUCUCAGCCUUCCUCUCUCUCAUCCUCUCUGACAAAUCUCUGUCUGCGCAAAACCUCUCUGUCAGCCAGCGCCUCUAUCAGCCAGCACCUCUCUCAGCCUCCGUUUCUCUCAGAGCCGCCACCUCUCUCAGUCGCCGCCAUCACAGAUUGAACACAGCAGUUCGCAGCCACCUCUUCAUUUUAUUUAGCUCUUUUUCUCUCAGUCAGGGCAAUGUUGGGAAGCGGGGGUGUUUCGGACGGGUACGAGGUCCGUUCAAAGAGACCAAGAAUGAUGGACUCGAAUCCCUACUUCGCAGUGAGCAGCGGCACAAGUGGCUUUCAACCUUACAGCUAUGGUGGGGGUUAUCAGCCCCCUGCCUUUCCUGUGGCCCGUCUCAGGGGGCUUCCUUUCAACUGCACUGAUAUCGACAUCUUCAAGUUCUUUGCGGGACUGGAUAUUGUUGAUGUGUUGCUGGUCAACAAGAACGGACGCUUCUCAGGAGAGGCCUUUGUAGUCUUUGCUGGACCCAUGCAGGUUGAGUUUGCACUUCAUAGAGAUCGUCAGAACAUGGGGCGGAGGUAUGUUGAAGUUUUCCGGUGCAAGAGGCAGGACUACUACAAUGCUGUUGCAGCAGAGGUAAACUAUGAAGGUAUUUAUGAUAAUGACUAUCAAGGAAGUCCUCCUCCAUCUAAAUCAAAGAGGUUCAGCGACAAGGACCAAAUGGAGUACACUGAGAUAUUGAAGAUGCGCGGUCUCCCCUUCUCUGUAAAAAAAUCUGAAAUUCUUGAUUUUUUUGGAGAAUUCAAGGUUGUAGAAGAUAGGGUGCAUAUUGCUUGCCGUCCGGAUGGAAAAUCUACUGGAGAGGCAUAUGUUGAGUUUGUUUCUGCGGAAGAGGCUAAAAAGGCAAUGUGCAAGGACAAGAUGACAAUUGGGUCGAGGUACGUGGAGCUGUUCCCAUCGACACCAGAUGAAGCUAGACGGGCUGAAUCCAGAUCAAGGCAGUGAUGAUCAGAGACAGUGUAAAUUUUUUUUAUGUGAAAUUUCCAUUGUGGGGCUAAGACAUUUUUAUCUUUGGGUUAUAUACAAACAUCAUUUGUUAUCUUUUUAAAUGGUUAAAUUGAAGUCCAUAUGUGGACAAAAGGAACAUGUGGGUUAUCUUUA